AUGUCGGUUUCAUAUUCAGUGACGUCUGCUGGCUCAUAUAUGCAGGCAAUGCAGACUAUGAUCGAAGCCUCUCACUCUUUUAAUAUUGAUCGAGAAAAGGUUUCAAUCCCAACUAUAGACAAUGAAAUAAAAAAAGAGCACUCAUCUGAGCAUGAUAACACUACCACAUUGACUGUGCUAGCCCAAGAUAAGAAUGAAUGGGAUGAUAUUUAUAAAGAAUUCGAUGAUAUAUCGUUUGAACAACUACAAUCUGUUGUCGAAUCCUAUAAAAAAGGAAAUGUGACAUCUAUUUAUCAUAAAAUUAAUCGAUUGGUUCGAUCAUGUACAUCAUCAAUGCCUCCAGAUUCACUAUUAGAUUCAGUUAUUCAAUUGACAUUUACAUAUGAAAAAGGUGAACUAGCAAAGGAAUUAUUGGACUUCUUGGGCCCUGAAAAUAUUGAAUUGCUUUCGUUCUUAUUGGAACAUAGGAACCAGCUGAUUAACCAGCCUGUAGAAGAUGUCCUGCAACAGAUUAGAAACUCAGAAAAUAAUGGACCGCGUCUUUUAUCACAAAAGGAUAUUAGGAACCAAGUAUUACAGAAUGCAGAAUCAGCAAAAAAUCAGAAGUUAGAUCCAGCUCAAAAAGUUGUCAAAUAUCCACAUGUUUUCAGGAAAUAUGAAGCCAGUGGAUCAUCUUCACUUUCGUUCAGUGGACAGAAAUUUUCCUUACCUUUGGGAACUACAAGAACUUCCUUUCAAACAUUUGAAGAAAUUAUUAUUCCCGCAGCAGAUCCCUCUACCAAUAAGAAAUUUGUAUUUACAAAAUUGUUGAAGGUGGAAGAUUUGGAUUACUAUUGCAGGUCUGUCUUCAAAUAUGAAACUUUGAAUCAAAUUCAAUCGUUGGUAUAUCCUGUUGCUUAUAGAACAAAUGAGAAUAUGCUAAUCUGUGCACCAACAGGUGCAGGUAAAACGGAUAUCGCCCUUUUGGCAAUUUUAAAUGCAAUCAAACAGUUUUCAACGGCGAAUGAUGAUGGUGAAAUAGAUAUCCAAUAUGACGAUUUUAAAGUCAUAUACGUAGCUCCAUUAAAGGCCUUGGCUGCAGAAAUUGUUGCCAAGUUUAGUGAGAAACUGUCUGUCUUUGAUAUCAAAGUCAGGGAAUUGACUGGGGAUAUGCAAUUAACGAAAUCUGAAAUUAUAGAGACUCAAGUAAUUGUUACUACGCCAGAAAAAUGGGAUGUUGUAACACGUAAAGCAAAUGGGGAUAAUGAUUUGGUUUCUAAAGUUAAACUUCUAAUUAUUGAUGAAGUACAUUUAUUGCAUGAGGAUAGAGGUUCGGUCAUUGAGACAUUGGUUGCUCGUACCUUAAGACAGGUUGAAAGCUCUCAAUCCAUGAUAAGAAUUGUAGGUUUAUCUGCCACUUUGCCCAAUUUUAUGGAUGUAGCAGAUUUCCUGGGAGUAAAUAGACAAGUGGGGAUGUUUUACUUCGAUCAGUCAUUCCGUCCUAAACCUUUAGAACAACAAUUGCUUGGCUGUAGAGGAAAAGACGGUAGUAAACAAAGUAAGGAAAAUAUUGAUAAAACAUCAUAUGAGAAAUUACUGGAGAUGAUUCAAAGAGGAUAUCAAGUAAUGGUUUUUGUGCAUGCAAGAAAAGAGACGGUCAAGAGCUCGAGGACCUUUAUCAAAAUGGCCCAAUCGAAUGCUGAAAUAGAUCUUUUCGCUCCUGAUCCCUCCACGAAGGAUAGAUAUUCAAAACAAUUGGCGAAAAAUAGAGAUAAAGAUUUAAAGGAACUGUUUCAAUUUGGAUUCGGUGUGCAUCAUGCGGGCAUGUCAAGAUCAGAUCGUAAUUUAACUGAGAAAAUGUUUAAAGAUGGAGCAAUUAAAGUUUUAUGUUGUACUGCCACUUUGGCCUGGGGUGUGAAUCUUCCUGCCGAUUGUGUAAUUAUAAAAGGAACACAAGUCUAUGACUCUAAAAAAGGUGGUUUUAUCGAUUUAGGCAUAUCCGAUGUCAUUCAAAUCUUCGGUCGUGCUGGUAGACCAGGUUUUGGUUCUGCACACGGUACAGGUAUUCUUUGUACAUCAAAUGAUCGUCUUGAUCAUUAUGUUUCAUUGAUAACACAACAACAUCCAAUUGAAUCUAAGUUCGGAGCAAAAUUAGUGGACAACCUGAAUGCAGAAAUCUCUUUAGGUACAGUUACGAACGUCGAGGAAGCUAUCCAAUGGUUAGGUUAUACUUACAUGUUUGUUAGAAUGAAGAAAAAUCCAUUUACUUAUGGUAUCGAGUGGGAUGAGGUCGCCUCUGAUCCACAACUCUAUGAAAGGAGGAAACGAAUGAUCGUUACUGCAGCACGAAGGUUGCACUCCUUACAGAUGAUUGUCUUUGAUGAAAUAUCUAUGCAUUUUAUUUCCAAAGAUCUUGGUAGAGUCUCUUCAGACUUUUACUUAUUGAACGAAUCCGUUGAAAUCUUCAAUCAAAUGUGUGACCCACGUGCCACUGAAGCAGACGUACUAUCAAUGAUCAGUAUGAGUAGUGAGUUUGAUGGUAUUAAAUUUAGAGAAGAAGAGGCGAAGGAAUUAACUGGGCUUUCAGAUUCUGCAGUAGAAUGUCAGGUUGGUGGUGCCUUGGACACACCACAAGGUAAAACUAACGUUUUAUUACAGGCUUAUAUUUCACAGAGUAGGAUUAUGGACUCUGCAUUGUCAUCGGAUGCAAACUAUGUCGCCCAGAAUUCUGUCAGAAUCUGUCGUGCCUUAUUUUUGAUUGGGGUUAAUAGAAGAUGGGGUAAUUUUUCGAAAGUCAUGCUAGAUAUUUGCAAAUCUAUUGAAAAGAGACUGUGGUCAUUUGAUCAUCCUUUAUGUCAGUUCGACUUGCCCGAAAACAUCAUCCAUCAAAUUCGCACCAAGCGUCCUUCCAUGGAACAUCUACUCGAACUUGAACCGGAGGAGUUAGGUGAGCUUCUUCAUAAUAAAAAAAUGGGUGGUAAAUUGUAUAGUUUAUUAAGUCGUUUCCCAAAAAUUCAAAUUGAAACAGAGAUAUUUCCCAUUUCUUCUAACGUCAUGAGAGUACAUGUUACUUUGAAGCCGGAUUUCAUAUGGGAUGGUAGAAUACAUGGUGAUGCUCAGUUCUUCUGGGUGAUGGUUGAGGAAUCAGAUAAAUCACAAAUUUUACAUUUCGAAAAAUUCAUUUUGAACAGACGUUACGUGAAAAAUCCUCAUGAAAUGGAUUUCAUGAUCCCGCUUUCCGAUCCAUUGCCACCACAGAUUGUUGUCAAAGCUGUGUCGGACACUUGGAUUGGUUGUGAAUCUACACAUGCUAUAUCCUUCCAGCACUUGAUUAAACCGCACAAUGAAACUUUACAAACUAAACUGCAACGUUUGAGGCCGCUACCAACAACAGCUCUUCAUAACUCUCUCAUUGAAAGUAUUUACCCGUUCAAGUACUUUAAUCCAAUGCAAACUAUGACAUUUCAUACUUUAUAUAAUACCAAUGAAAAUGUAUUCGUUGGUUCACCUACUGGUUCAGGUAAAACUGUUGUUGCAGAAUUGGCCAUCUGGCAUGCAUUUAGAGAAUUUCCUGGUAAGAAAAUUGUGUAUAUCGCACCAAUGAAGGCGUUAGUUAGAGAAAGAGUUGAUGAUUGGAGUAAAAGAUUCACACCAGUGACAGGAGAUAAAGUAGUUGAAUUGACUGGUGAUUCUCUGCCCGAUCCUCGUGAUGUCAGGGAUGCUACUAUCGUAAUUACCACACCUGAAAAAUUUGAUGGUAUCUCACGUAAUUGGCAAACUCGUAAAUUUGUGAAGGAUAUUUCAUUAGUUAUUAUGGAUGAAAUUCAUUUAUUGGCAAGUGAUCGUGGUCCAAUUUUAGAGAUGAUUGUUAGUCGUAUGAACUAUAUUGCAUCGAAAACGGGUCAACCGAUUCGUCUGCUUGGUAUGUCAACUGCUGUUUCGAAUGCCCAUGAUAUGGCUGGAUGGCUUGGCGUAAAAAAUAAUGGUUUAUACAAUUUCUCAUCUAGUGUACGUCCAGUUCCAUUGAAGAUGUACAUAGAUGGUUUCCCAGAUAAUUUAGCAUUUUGUCCAUUAAUGAAAACUAUGAAUAAGCCUGCUUUUAUGGCAAUUAAACAACAUUCUCCUGAUAAGCCUGCUUUGAUUUUUGUUGCAUCUCGUAGACAAACAAGAUUAACGGCGUUAGAUCUGAUUCACUUAUGUGGUAUGGAAGAUAAUCCAAGGAGAUUUUUGAAUAUUGAUGACGAAGAAGAGCUACGGUAUUAUAUUUCCCAAGUAACUGAUGAUACGUUGAAACUAGCUUUACAAUUUGGUAUUGGGCUACAUCAUGCUGGUUUAGUGGAAAAAGAUCGUUCAAUUUCACAUCGACUUUUCGAGCAAAACAAAGUUCGAAUUUUAAUUGCGACAUCUACAUUAGCAUGGGGUGUUAACUUACCUGCACAUUUAGUUAUUAUCAAAGGUACUCAAUUCUUUGACAAGAAAAUUCAAGGAUACAAAGAUAUGGAUCUAACAGAUAUUUUGCAAAUGAUGGGAAGAGCUGGUAGACCAGCAUAUGACACUAGUGGUACAGCCAUUGUUUAUACUAAAGAAUCAAAGAAGAUGUUUUACAAACAUUUCUUAAAUGUCGGAUUCCCCGUCGAAUCUUCGCUACAUAAAGUACUAGAUGACCAUAUGGGUGCUGAAAUAACAUCUGGUACUAUUACAAACAAGCAAGAGGCUCUUGAUUUUUUGAAUUGGACCUUUUUCUUCCGUAGAGCUCACCACAAUCCUACUUAUUAUAAUAUCGAAGUUGAUACUGGAGAUGCAGGUGUUAGCAAACAUCUGAGUGAAUUAAUCGACUCUACUCUGGAAAACUUAAAGGAAUCCCGAUGUAUUUCUAUACAUGGUACUGAUAUUGAACCAACCCCGUUCUUAAGCGUUGCAUCCUAUUAUUAUAUUUCGCAUAAGACAAUCCGUUUACUAUUGAAACAAAUUUAUAACAAGGCAACAUUUAGAGACGUUUUAAAAUGGUUAUCAUUAGCUGUUGAAUAUGAUGAUUUAGCUGUUAGAGGUGGCGAAACUAUAAUGAAUGUUGAAUUAUCUGCCCAAUCGAGAUAUUCUGGUGAAAGUACUUUCACGGGAGAAUGGGAAUUACCAAUAUUCGAUCCUCAUGUUAAGGCCUUUUUAUUAUUACAAGCAUAUUUAAGUCGUGCUGAUUUACCAAUUGCUGAUUAUAUUCAAGAUACUGUCUCUGUUUUAGAACAAUCGCUACGUAUUUUGCAGGCCUAUAUUGAUGUGGCAAGUGAAUUGGGUUAUUUCGAAACAGUAUUAACCAUGAUCAAAGUUAUGCAAUGUAUUAAACAAGGAUGCUGGUAUGAAGAUGACCAAACUAGUACUUUGCCAGGGUGUACAUUAACGAGACAUGUCGAUAUGGAAUUUACUGAACAGGGAUAUCCUUUACAACCUAAACAGGGAUUGUUGUCAUUGAAUGAAAUUGGUACUUUUAGUUAUAAAAAAUUACAAAGUUUGAUAAGAAAGUUUAAUAUUGAUGAUGAAGACACUAAACAGUUCUUAUAUAUUACACAACGAUUACCCGUUUUGAAAGACAUUGGCUUUAAGAAACAGAUAGAUAAUGACAAAAUAACUUUAACUGCGUCCCAUUCCAAUAAUAAAUCUACUAAAGGAUUUGAAGUGUAUUGUAGUAAAUUUCCAAAAAUACAGAAAGAACUUUGGUUUUUGAUUGGUUAUGAAGGCUCGGAAUUGGUACUACUAAAAAGAUGUCAACCACGUCAGCAUGGUAAAGAAGUUGUUCUUUCUUGUGAUUUAUUGAUACCUGAAGAGUUGCAAAACCAUAAGAUUUAUUUCUUAUUGGUAAAUGAUGCGAUGGAUAUUAAAUACCAAUUAUCUCAUAAAAUUUUGUAA